AGCGGAACCGCCAAAAUCCGCCUUCCCGCCAACAUCAGGUCAGGGGAGAACCCAACGCCCGCCGGCCAGGAACCGGCGCCGGCGCCGCGCCGAUCUCUUCCUUUACUCCGAGAACAAGACCAGUACAUGCCCAUAGCCAAUGUCAUCCGCAUAAUGCGGCGCAUCCUCCCCGCCCACGCCAAAAUCUCCGACGAUGCCAAGGAGACGAUCCAGGAGUGCGUCUCCGAGUACAUCAGCUUCGUCACCGGCGAGGCCAACGAGCGCUGCCAGCGGGAGCAGCGCAAGACUGUCACCGCCGACGACGUCAUCUGGGCCAUGGGGAAGCUCGGAUUCGACAGCUACGUCGAUCCCCUUUCGCUCUUCCUCGCCAGGUACCGCGAGGCAGAGGGCGAUCGGGCAUCUUACCGCGAUCCGAUCAUGCUCAAGCGAAGGUCCCCGGAUUUUGGGAAUAUGAUGUUGCCGCCGCCUCCGCUGCCGCAGCAGCAGCAGCAGCAGAUGGUUUCUUACAUGCAGGCACCUUUCGCGAUGCAGGGCGAUCAUCAUCAGCAGCAGCAGCAAGGGAUGUAUGAUGGCGGCAUGCUGAAUGGGUACUACAGGGAUCCGUUCGGGUCGGGCUCCGGCAGUGGAAGCGGAGAAGACGGUGGGGGAACUUCUCAGAAUGGAAUGUCUGGCUUUGAUCUAUAUGCGCAGUACAAAUAA